AUGUCUGAAUUCGCCGACGCAAAGACCAUCGAGAAGGUCGUCCCCGAGACCUCUGCCGUCAAGUCCUUCCUCUCCGGAGGAUUCGGUGGUAUCGCCUCCGUCCUCGUCGGACACCCCUUCGACUUGGCCAAGGUCCGCAUCCAAACCAGCCCCAAUGGCACCUACAAGGGCACCAUCGAUGUCUUUAGCAAGUCCCUCAAGGCCGACGGUGUCCGUGGUCUCUACCGCGGAAUGUCCACCCCCCUCGUCGGAGUCACCCCCAUCUUCGCCGUCUCCUUCUGGGCCUAUGAUUUGGGCAAGAAGAUCGUCCACGCCAUCCCCGGCCGUGAGCCCCGCGACCUCAACUUGGCCGAGUUUGCCUUUGCCGGUUUCUUCUCGGCUAUCCCCACCACCCUCUUGAUGUCUCCCACCGAGCGCAUCAAGGUCAUCCUCCAGACCCAGGGCACCGGUGCCAACAAGCUUUACAACGGACCCGUCGAUGUCGCCCGUGCCUUGUACAAGGAGGGCGGUAUGGCUUCGAUCUUCCGUGGAACUGGUGCUACCUUGUUGCGUGAUGGUCCUGGAUCUGCUGCCUACUUUGUUGCCUACGAGGUCAUCAAGCGCUCCCUUAUCCCCGCCGGUGGCACUGCUAAUGACUUGAACCCCCUCUCCGUUCUCUUUGCUGGUGGUAUGGCUGGUGUUGCCAUGUGGACUAUUGCUAUUCCCCCAGAUGUUCUUAAGUCCCGCCUCCAGUCUGCUCCCGCUGGCACCUACACGGGCAUUGCUGAUGUCCUUCGCGUCCUCUUGAAGACCGAGGGUCCCCAGGCUCUCUUCAAGGGUCUCGGCCCCGCCAUGUUCCGUGCCUUCCCCGCCAACGCUGCUUGCUUCCUCGGUGUUGAGUACUCUCUCCGUGCCAUGAACAUGGUCUUCUAA